AUGAGUGGGAAAUUCAGUUCUUGGUGCUCCUCAGUUUCACAUUACAGAUUUUCCUCUUUUUUUACUGGCAGUCUUCGGCGGCGUAGCACCAACAUGUUACUUAAUUUCAUAAUUUGGAUAGCUUACCUAGGUGCAGACUUGGUAGCAGUUUAUGCCCUUGGCUUUCUUUCAAGACAUGAGGAUAUAACUACUGGAAGUGACACUUUAAGAGGGGUCCACCAAUUAGCUUUCUUUUGGGCACCUUUCCUGCUCAUACAUCUUGGUGGACAAGACACAAUAACCGCUUUUGCCAUUGAGGACAACUUUUUAUGGUUGAGACAUUUGCUGAAUUUGAUUGUUCAAGUUACCCUUGCCAUCUAUGUAUUUUGGAAGUCCAUUGAUCAAUACAGUCAUCAACUUACAGCUUCAGGUAUUUUUGUCUCUGUUACUGGAAUCAUCAAGUAUGGGGAAAGGACAAUGGCCUUAAUGUAUGGGAACCUAAGAAACAUGGGUGGUGCUCUUCAGAAAAACAAAAACACGAGUGGCUCCAAUACUAAUGAAGAUGAUGGCUCUCAUAUCACUGAAAAUGUGGAAGUGGUUCCAAGACUAGAGCAGGCUGAUGAUGUUGAUUAUCUUGGCAUUGUUUCUUUUGCUUUGCAAUCAGCUCCAGGUGUCCGAGAACUCUUUGCGCAGGACACACCUUGCACCAAAUGGAAGAUUACCAAAGGAGUGUACUAA